AUGACGUCUGCGAUCCUCGUGGUGCUGGUGGCGCUGACAGCUCCGGCGGGCGCCGUGCGCAUGGAGUUGGGAGGCAACCGCAGCGGAGAGGAUCCCCCUCAGCGCUUGGAGCGGUGCAGUGGCCAGGGGGGCGCGUGCUGUUCUUGUGGAGGGCAAUAUGGUGGCGGAUGCGUUGAGGGCACCGAGGUGAAGCCGUGCUGCGCAUGGGCCAGGGACUGCCAGAGCACCGACCCUCUGUUUCAAAUAGGCUUUGCCUCCGAGUGCAACUACGCGCCCUAUCAGCGGGGCUUGUAUCCCGAUGAGUUCAAGGUUGAGGAGACAUGCAAGACCAGCACCUGCUCCAACGCCUUCGCUGAUUAUCAGAGGGCCGCGUCUGAGUGGGUGGUUGCCAAAGGCUUGGCCACGGGGAGGUCCAACUCGAAGUUGUUGGACAGCUGUGGCUGUGGAGACUUCAACUUGCAGACCCAGCAAUGCAAGGCCUCCAAUCGCUGGGGUGCAGCGAAGGCAGCGAAGGAGAAGCGCUGCUGCAGCCGGCUCUCCGACUGCAACCCGCAGGACGCGUGGCCCAGGCGAUUCCAAGAGCUGCAAGAGGCCUCCGAAACCAGGGGCCAGGAGUUCACCCAGUGCCUUCAGAGUUGCAAGUCCCGUGUUUCGGAGCUUUGCGUGGCCGACUUGCAGAGGACCCAGGAGGCCGUUCAGCAGUCCCUAAGCAAGGAGAUCGAGAUCCUUGGGCCCCGGCCCGGUGAUUACGACCGCAGGCUGCUGGAGUGGCAGAGGAAGUAUGACGAGGUCAUUGGCGCGAAGCUUCACCAGGAGAAGCUCACACGCUUGCAGCGAAUCUUUCAGCAGAUGGGGCAAGCUCCGUGA